AGAAGGGAAAGAACUUAAAAAAAAGUUAAACUACCUUACUGAUAUUCCCUACCCUUCUACUUUCUAGUCUUUGGUACGAGGAUUAAGGAUAAACAUCUGUAAUUUUUAGAGAAAUGUCUGAUUCGGAAGACGAAGAAAAGCAUAUCAAAAGCUUUGCCGAAGUGCAUAAAGAAAUUGAAGCAUUCAAGAAGAAUCCAGAGACUUCUGGAAUGUUUGUGUCUGGUUGGGAUGACGCUGAUCAAGAUGUCGAUAUCGUGAAGAAUCCCAAAGCUAAUUGCCUGGACCAUGUUCUGUGGGCAGCGGAACAUGGGGAAAUUGAUGUUUUGAAAGAGCUGUUAUCUAAGCAGCCUAGUCUGGUGCAUGCACAAGACUCCGAUGGGUAUACACCCCUCCAUCGAGCAGCAUACAGUAACCAUAUUGAUGUGAUAUCUUACCUGUUAAGUAUGAAUGCCAAUGUCAACAUGAAAACACAGCUUGGAUGGACACCAUUACACUCUGCUUGUAAAUGGAAUAACUAUAUGGCUGCUGCAAGACUUCUUGCUGCUGGUGCUGACGUAAAGGUUCUUUCAGAUGGAGGUCAAUCACCAUUGCAUAUAACAGCUUCAAUAAGUCAUUGUAAGGCCACAUUAUUAAUUUUAUUCCUAAAAGACGACAUUGUAGAAGUAGCAUCAAAAAAGAAUAAUUCAGAUGAGACUCCUGAAAAGCUAGCCCUUGGUCAUGGCAUUUACGCUCCCUUAUUUGAGAUGGUUUGUCCAGAAGUAUCAUAUAUCCGUUCCCUAGCAUUUACCACUAAUCCCUAUGUGAGGCAAAAACCUGUAAGCUUGGAAAACAAAUAAAAAAUAUAAUCAUUUGUA